AUGGGCAGAAGUGGUAAACGAAAGCAUCCGUUGGACACAAACACAGAUCACAGACUCGGAAGCAGUGGUGCGGACGUUGACGACGACUCUGGCUUUUGUGGAUCCAAUCUGUCGUCUUCUGUGCACAAAAUGGUCAGAUUUGAUGACGAGAUGCUGCUCUUGAAGGCACUCAUGAAGGAAGUGAACCACGAAGUCAUCGAAUCCAAUGCCUCCCAAUCCCUCACCACUAAGGGUGUCAUGAAAGCCAACAAUCACUUGUAUUCCUCGANUCACUUGUAUUCCUCGAGAUCCAAGAAUGGCAAAUACGAGCUCAAGAUUUUGUCACAACCCGAGGAACAGCACAGAGCUCGAUAUCUGACUGAAGGCAGUCGUGGCGCCAUUAAAGACAAGAGUGGCUUAAGUCAUCCCGUCGUCAAACUGUGCGGUUAUACCAAGAGUUGUGUUAAGAUUCAGUGUUUCAUUGGACACGACAAGCAAUUGGGUUCUUCACACCUCUUCUAUCAGGCGUCGAAGAUAUCGGGGAAGAACUCGACCCGAUGUACGACCAAACGGGUGGACGGAACCACUUUGAUCGUCAUGGAGGCCAACCCUCACAACGACAUGCAGGUGACCGUCGAUUGUGUGGGAAUUCUUAAGGAGCGUAAUGUGGAUGUGGAGCAGAAAUUGACUAAUUUUAAGAACCGAAACGAUGGC